CCUUAAACCCUUCCAAGCCAUGGAAGCCUACUGAAGACGAAGGUUGAUUACUUCAAGAUAACACAAUCAGAUAUGCGUUUCCUUCAACAAAAUCAACAAAGAAAUUUCCGUAGUAUCUACUCCAUGUCUGCUAACAUUUCUGCUCUUGUGUCUGCUAAUCGACUUCUCGAAACUCAUACUUCUCUUGCUUUUAUCCCCUUCACUCCUUCUUCUUCUUCUUCCUCUAGACAGCUAUUCCACACCUGUAAACGUCUGUUGCCGGUCUUUUGUUCAAAACCCAUCUCCAAUAACCAUCCCAUUGCCAUUAAAAGUAAUGGCAUUUCUUACAUUUCUCGUGGACGCGUCUUAACUCCAGUACAUCCUGACGAAGAAGAUGAAGAAUUAGUGGGUCUCCACGAACGUCGAUUGAGGUUUUUGUGUCAUAGAUUGAAGGAGAUUGGCAUAGAUCCUGCUAAUUGCGUUCCUGGGAAGGAAAGGCGCAUGAUUUGCCCUAUGUGCAAAGGUGGUGAAUCGAAGGAAGUAAGCUUGUCUGUUUCUAUAACCUAUGAUGGUGCUGAAGCUUUGUGGAAUUGUUUUCGAGCAAAUUGUGGGUGGAGAGGACGCACAAAGGCCGUUGCAAAUGAAAAAUCCACUUAUUCAAGUUUGAGUAAAACUAACGUGGUAAAGACCAAAAGACAAAUUACGGAGCAGAGUCUGUCACUAGAACCGCUUUGUGACCAGGUGAUUCGUGAGUAUUUUGCUGUUCGAAUGAUAUCAGCAGAGACACUGCAGAGAAAUGGUGUUAUGCAGAAAAAAGUUGAUAAUCAGAUUGCUAUUGCAUUUACUUAUCGACGGAAGAAACUGCUUGUAAACUGCAAGUACCGGGAUCUUAACAAGAGGUUUUGGCAGGAAAAAGAUGCUGAGAAGAUAUUAUAUGGACUGGAUGACAUAGAGAAAGUGGAUGAUAUCAUCAUUGUUGAGGGAGAAAUAGACAAGCUUUCAAUGGAAGAAGCUGGCUUCCGUAACUGUGUAAGUGUCCCUGAUGGAGCGCCACCAUCAGUGUCCAAAAAGGAACUACCAGCUGAAGAUAAGGACACAAAGUAUCAGUAUUUGUGGAACUGCAAAGAAUACCUAAAGAAGGCAUCUCGCAUUAUUCUUGCAACUGAUGGGGAUGAGCCUGGUCAAGCAUUAGCUGAAGAACUAGCACGCCGCCUUGGGAAAGAAAGAUGUUGGCGAGUCAAAUGGCCUAAGAAAAACAAGGAUGGGUUUUGCAAAGAUGCAAAUGAGGUGCUUAUGUAUUUGGGACCUGAGGUUCUGAAGGAAGUAAUUCAGGAUGCCGAGAUAUACCCUAUACGUGGAUUAUUCAGAUUCAGCGAUUAUUUUGAUGAAAUUGAUGCAUAUUAUCAUCGGACUCAUGGAUAUGAAUUUGGAGUCUCAACUGGAUGGAAUGGUCUAAACAACUUAUAUAAAUUGAGUGAGUUGGAUGAGGGAAGAAUAGAGCAACUUGAGAGGGAUUUUUCUGAGGAGGAAGUGUGGGAAGGGCUAAUGCAGUGCGAUAAAGAUAAAUCUUCAGGUCCGGAUGGGUUUAACUUGGGGUUCAUCCAGAAGUGUUGGCAUUUCAUCAAGGAUGAGAUCAUGGAGAUCUUCAGGGAGUUGGAUGAGAAGGAGACUUUUGUGAAAUCACUGAAUUCUACAUUUUUG